UAAUAAGGAAAGCAGAAGUUAAUAAACAAGACCAAGAUCAUUGUUCAGUUACUAAACAAGGCCCUGGAAUGACUAACAAGGCCAAGCUUUUCGGCCUCAUAAGCCCAUUAUGAAAUCCCCAGCCCCCCCAAACCCAUCGAAAUUUUCGUUUCAGCGAGUACUGAACACAAUUUCUUCAAGGAAAGAACAAGGUAGCUGCAGCAAGCAGGCAGAGCAAAUCAAUACCAAAGCAAAUCAAAUUCAGUUCCAGAAAAUAUGAAAGGAAAUAAAUUACUUUGGAUGCUUUAAUGGCUGCUAUUCCGUCCUCACAGCCUUUUAGCAAUCCUCAAAUGCAGCAGUUUGGUUAUCAAGUUGUUGAAGGAGCAACGUCAAACCCUCUAGAAUUGGAUUCUCUAUCGACCCUUUUGAUACGGCAUCUUCCUGAGGCCAUUCCUCAUGACACCCUUUUGCGCCUUUUCUCUCACUAUGGUGCAUCCUCUGUUCGUCCUUGCUCUAGUGGAAUGAUGAGAAACAGUGCAUUUGUGGAUUUUAAAAAUGAAGCAUUGGCUUAUCAAGCGCAGCGUCAGUUAAAUGGCCUGAGGUUUCUUGGUAAAGUCUUAUCAGUGGACAGAGCUAGUAAGCCAAGAGAGGAUAAUAAACCUCAGCAAACUGGAGUUCAGCUAGGAAAGGAUUUUACACAAUCUGCAUCUUUGGUGAAAGAUGCUAACUUGACUAGAGACCUGAAUCAAGGUUCAAGAUCAGGAUCAAUACCUGCUAGUGAACCAAUUGCUUCUAGACUUGGUGUAGACUAUCCAUAUCCUCCUCACCUUGAAUAUGCUUACCCUCCACCAGAUGGAAAUAUUUUGACCAAUAUAGUUAAUGCUCUGAUUGCUGUUCCUCGCUUCUAUACCCAGGUGUUGCACCUAAUGAAUAAAAUGAAUAUCCCAGCUCCAUUUCGUAUGGCUUUGCCCACUCCACCUCUGCCACCUUCAGUACCUGCGCCACAGCCACCACCCCCACCUCCUGCUUCCAUACCUGCAAAGCCUCAUUUGGCAGAUGCAUCUUCUAGUGAAUCAGAAAUGGAGUCUUCAGAUGAGAUCAAGGACAAAGGUGCGACAAAAUCUACACGGAAGCGUGCCAGGAGAGAAGCUAUUGUAGGUCCUGCAGUUGAUAAAAGUGUGGCUCAUGAGGCUGUUGGGGUGAAACCUGCCACCUUGAUCCCGAAAGAAAUCCCAUUGAUAAAAAAGAAGAACCCUGUAUUACAGAUCAAAAUUGCUCCCAAACACAUUCCUAAUGAACAGAAAGAUGAAGAUGAUGAGUACAGAGAGAUUUUAGAGGAACCUAAUGAGGAGGAUUCAGAUGCCAAAAGGUUUGCUACUGCAGAUGAGUUGGAAAAGGGAAAGUUGCCACCAGAAGAAAUCUUAUCACUCCCAAUGUUUAAGAAUUAUACAGCUGGGAAUCCUGCUUCUGUGUUGUAUAUAAAGAACUUGGCAAAGGAUGUUGUUCCUGAAGAUUUCUACUUCAUCUUUGGAUCAUUAUUUGGAAGUGUUGAUGCAGCUAAAUUCGGUCUUAAUGUGAAGCUAAUGCAGGAGGGAAGGAUGAGGGGUCAAGCUUUUGUGACAUUUCCAUCAGUUGAAUUUGCCCAUCGUGCUUUGAACCUCGUAAAUGGAUAUGUGUUCAAAGGAAAACCAAUAAUCAUCCAGUUUGGUCGGAAUCCUGCUGCUGCAAAAACAAAUUAAAUUGAUAUGUGGCAACAGGAGCAAGCUCCUUAUAUCUACUGCAUGGUUACUACUGGUGCUUAUGCCUCCUUAUGUUAUUAAGCAAGGUGGCCUAUCACCAUAAUUUUGCAAUCCCAAGGCUGCAGUGAGCGGAGAUGUUAACGGAAACAAUAACUCGGCUGCCUUGAGGGUCUGCCCCAAGUCAUGAUUCUUAUCUUAAGUGGUGAUGGGAGAGCAGAGCAGAACAGGGUCAUGCUACUAGCUGCUAGAGAGUUUAAAGGUGUAGAGUGCAGUGAUCCUUCAUCACAACAAGCCCUGAUGUCUGUGUGGCCGUUGCGUCGCCCUUACAAUUAUCCUUGGUCCAUGUUAAUGCUGGGUACAAGUAUGCUGGUGGCUGAUCAAGUUGAAGGCUGCAAAGCAUCUCUUUGUUAGGAUUGAUACUCCUGAUUGUUUUGAGUUUUGAUGGCUUAUUGCUCAAUCCUAAUUUUCCCAUUUUGAUAUAGAGUAUUACCUGUAUUCCUUUGUUUCCUUUUUGGUUCUCCUUCUCGGACUUGUUAGUAUAACAUGAACGCAUGUGAUCUAAUUUUGGUAUAGUGUCAAAAUUUUUAAUUUCAGUGAUUAAAA